AAAUGCUCGGAGUCCCGGCGGCGCGUAGACAUGGUCGGGUGUUGCCGCCGCCGCCUCACUCACGCAGCAGUCUUCGCCGAGAUCGUCGCUCAAAGGUACUGCUCCACUCCAGCCCCUCGGACUAAGCACACUGCAAAGAUGGUGUCUCGGCGCAUGGUCGGAGCCGCCCUCGUGGCGCUCAUCGCCUCCUCCUUCGUGAGCUCUGCCGUCGCGGCCUCCAUGGACGCUCAGACGGAGAGGAAGUUCGCCGCCAAGCCCAACGACAUCAAGAAGCAGCAGAACUUCCUGCCCAACAACAAGCAGGCGCAGGCGAACGACGGCGGGUUCCAGUGGGGCAAGAUCCUCAACAUGGUGAUGCAGAUCUUCAUCGGCGGGCCUACGGGCGGCUCCAGCGGCGCCUCCGACAAGAUGGACUACAUCACACAGCUCACGACGGGCGAUUUCUCGUGGUCGAAGGUGCUGGCGCUCGGCCUCCAGGUGGUCCUCAGCGUGCUGGGCGGCGGUGACAACGCUGCUCUGGACAGGAUUGACGGAGGCUCGCCCAUCGAGGGAAUUCUGACAGCCGUGAUCUCCUACCUGACUGGCUCCAACGACCCCCAGGAGGUCGGUGUGAUGGCCAAGCAGGCUUCGGAGCUCUUCGGACUGGUGAUGACCCUCCUGGACGCCCUCCGCACCUCCUUCUCGCAGAGGUCCUACGAAGCACGCAGCAUGGGCACCACUGACCCCAUGGCCGAUGCUGCUGUAGCAGCCACCACAAUGCUCAAGAGCUACAUCAAGACAUAUGAUACCGAGGACGACAUGUGCAUGCAGAAGUACCUCUGCGAAGCGAACAACGACUGCGUGUACAGCACUGGCGACACUGGGUACCUGUUCUGCCAGAUCGGAACAUAUGGAAUGAGCUACCUACUGGAGCGGACCACCUACACGCCCUUCGAGAUCUACAACGACGCCGGACGCCGCGGUCGCGUCGGAGAGAACUGCAAGGAGAUCUUCAGCGACUGCAAUGACAUCUAAGACGUUCUCCUCUGUCCUCCUUCCGACCCACCCUCUCCUUCCUCUUUCCUGACCGACUCUCUCCCCUUCGUCUUUCGGCGCCCGCGGCCAUUUCACCGUCCUUCCUCGUGUUCGCACGAGAGGCUGGGGACAGGAGUGAAAUGGCCAGCAGUCGCGUGCGUGGGUGGAACAGUUCGUUGAAAUAUUUAUGCGAGAUGCCGUUACCCUGGCACUUUAAAAAUCACUGGAGCUCAAAGCUCCACAUACAAGAGGCAUUGACUUGGUCUGACGAAGACUUUUGGGGAAGACGAUGACAGCUUCACCAUUUUUCUUUUAUUCUUUGUUUCUUGUUCUUACUUCAUGGAAAAAUAGACCAGACGAUUCUGAGAGACAGACCUAUCGUAUGCAGUAUAUAUAUUUUUUUUCUUCAAAUUGGGACUGUUGAUGCGAAAAGUUCAUACUGAUUGCCAAACUGUCUUUGACUGUUUGAAAAUCCUUCAGACAUGUCACGACGCGACCCAGCAGACGCUCCUCCAUCCGAGACUCGGCCUACUCGGUAGCAUUCAUUUCCAGACAAUUCUGGGUAACCUAUCAUGGAAGCGUUUGAGGUUUGGCUGGAGGGGACUGAUGGGAGACCCGACGUGUGACUGAGAUACUUCUUGUUGACAUGACGCAGGGAACUUAACGGACCCGACAUGAGACGAGAAAGGACGAGUCUGUCAAGAAAUCGAACCAGGAUCGUCUAACUUCCCAACGCCGUCUGCCGACGCUGAUCAAGUGCAAGUUAUUUGAUCCGUCGGAAUGUCACCUUUUGUGGUCGAAAUAAAGACAGACUACAGUCACAGGUCGGUCAGAAGGCGCUCGACUCACGGAGCCGAAGGCGAAGGAGAGUUCUAGGCGCGGGGCUGUAGAAGCUGCCUCCCUCAAGCAGCUCAGGGGCAGCACUCUGAAGGAUCCUCGAAAAGCCAAGACACAAAAAUGAGGAAUUUAGGACCAACAUGACUUGAGUUUUCAUCAUGCUGCAUUUCCAGAGGUGCUUCUCAUUCCCUCCGCUGCCUUUCUCGCCCUCCCCUUAGUGGAUCAGAACCAUUGGGACGAAAGAAAGGAAACGAAGGGAGUGCGAGGCAACUGACCGAAAUGGUCUGGCUGGCAGACACCGUCCUGGUCGCAGUACCUGACAUGGGACACAGACAGACAGACAGACAGACAGGGAGCGCCGACGGGGCACGAACAGCUCUCGCCCCCUCUGUUCGUUUUGUCUUGUCGCUCCAUUUUAUUUAUUUAUUUGUUAUUGUUAAGUUUGAAUAUUAUAUAUUUGUUCCCGCUGGCGGGCCCAUAACAGGAAUGUAAAAAUCUUACAAAAAAAAAACAAAAAACAAACAUAAUGAUAGAGUAAAGUGAGUAGCAAUAAAUCAAUAAACAUUAAAUAUAUAUUAUAAAAAAAAGAAAAAAAAAAGUAUCCAAGCAACGAAGGUGAGCUUAGGCAUGCAAGUUAGCUCCCCCUUUAGAAGGUAGAAUAACGACCAGGUAGCUUGACUCCUCACAAGAAGAAUGUAGACGAAAAAGAAAUGUUGAUAGUUUGAUGCUCACUCUGCCGUCCAACUUUCCCAUCCACCCCCUCUUUUAAAGCUUGCACGGACACGGUCCAAUGCUAAACUCAGGAUGGACGGGCCAGCAGUAAGUUCUGGCCCGUCACCCAGUGUGGCACCGUCGCAUUCCCUCCGCUGGCACCAGUGAUGCACCCGGCAAGGGCACAUGUCCGCAUCCAAGCCACGCACUGGAAUGGCCAGCGGGAAGUCCCCAUUUCCGCCGGGGGCCACGGGGCCAUUUGGCUGCCACCACAGGCUUGUUGAUCAAGACCUGGCACUUUGCAAAGAUGCGAGGGUGCCACACUAGGAGACUUCUCUAGGAUUAAACACUUGACACUCACGACAAAGACAUGCUGCUUACACUGGCUUAUUCACUUAUAUUCCUAUGUUGCUUUGACAGACCUGACGUUCACUUCUCUUUAAUUUCUAUUUUCAAAACUUUGAGAUAGCUUCAUAGAGGCGCAUGGCGAGGGAACAUUAACUGGUGUGCUGCAGGACCUGUAACAGAGUGGCCUGUUGCGGAAUGACUUCAUUAAAAUCACGCUAGGUGGAAUGACUCUUUGUAGACCUUCCUUUGUAGCAAGCUGUGUUUUGAUAACUUUUUUUAACAGCUGAAAGACUAGACACACUGGUACUACAACUGACCAUAGCUUUGCACGGAGGCGACAGCGUUAACUGAUUGCUAUUACCAGACGAAAUCUAUUUUAUGUAACGUUUGCUUGCUAACAAUAUACGAAAAAAAAAACAGCAAACAAGCCUAACAAUGAAUGUAAUAAUCAACUAAUGCUGACAAUAGAUACCAAAUUCGCCUAUUCAGUAUUUCUCUCUUUCACCGAGCAAAAACGCCAACAAAUAUGCAGGUUAGAUUAGCUGGUCUUCUUCCUCCGAAAAGCAGAGCGAUGGGGUUCGGUGAAAAGGGUGUUCACCGCCGUCGGCUUGCACGCGACACAGACAGACUGUUUUUAACGCAUUAUGAUAACUGAGAGGGACGAAGAAAACGCACGUUGCAGCAACACAGCGUUUUCUUUCCUGCGACGCCAGUGGCCGGGCGCUGAGCUGGCCGUCGAGAGCACAGGGAUCGCCGUCUCGUAUGUAUUGCAAAGGAGAUGCAUUGGUAGAGGGAAGUCAGUCUCCGCUGGGUUGUCUUAGAAUAAAGCCCGAGAGCUUUGGGCUACAGAAAUGUUUGCAUAUAUGUAUUUAUAAAUCUACCUUCUACCAGGUUCUCUGUACUAAUAUACUGAUCGUCACAACUGUAUUUUUGUGAUAUUUAUAUUUAUAAGACACUAUAAGUCCAAUAAAAAUAUAAAAUAA